ACACGAUGGCUUCUACGGCACCAGACGAGUCGAGCACGCGCAAGUUUCGCUGCACGGUCCUGAUCAGCGGCUCAGGCUCCAACCUGCAAGCCCUCCUCGACGCGACCCAGCUCCCUCCUUCCGACCCUCGCUCCCUGUCGCACUGCGCCAUCACCUCGGUCAUCUCGUCGCGGUCCGACGCCUACGGCCUCACGCGGGCGCGCACCUUCGGCCCCUCGCCCACGCCCGCCGAGGCGUUCCCGCUCCUGCGAUGGAAGAAGCAGCCGGGCAACGAGGGCAAGACGCGCCAGGACUGGGAACUCGACCUCGCGAGCAAGAUCCGCGCGACCCGGCCCGACGUCGUCGUCCUCGCCGGGUGGAUGCUCAUCCUCGGCGAGCGGUUCCUCGAGGCGCUCGUGCGCGACUGGGACGAGUCGACCGCCGGCGCCGACACCCCUACCUCCUCCUCUGCUCCCUCCCUUCCUUCCGUCGACCCGACCGGCGCCUCCAUCUCGUCCGGCCUCGCGACGCCCGGCUCGUCGCCUUACUCGCCCUCGCUCGUCGCGCCGCACGACUCGCUCAAGGGCCGCCCGAUCCCGAUCAUCAACCUCCACCCUGCGCUGCCGGGCCAUUUCCCCGGCGCACACGCGAUCAAGGACGCGUGGGACGCGUUCAACACGCCGUCGGCGUCGGCGCUGCGCUCGGCCACGUCGGACGUGAGUGCGACGCUCGAGGGUCUCGGGGCGCCGCCGGCUGACGGCGCCGCGAGCACGAGGGUGGGAGGGGCCGAGGUCGAGGAGGACGUGCUCGCCGAGGCGGGCGGGCGGCGCAUCACGCACACCGGCCUCAUGGUGCACCGCGUCAUCCCGCUGCUCGACGCCGGUGCGCCCGUCGUCGUGCGCGAGGUCGAGCUCGUCGAGGGCGAGAGCCUGGAGGGGCUCGAGGGCCGCAUCCACGCCGUCGAGCACGAGGCCAUCGUCGAGGCGGUCGGCGAGGUCGUCCGGCUCGCGAGGAGCGGCGAGUGGUGGGAGGAGGAGGCGGCCGGCGCGAGUCGGACAGCGUGAGGAGCACGCAGCAGAUAGACACGCUCAGCAACUUCGGCAGUACCGGCGCG